AUGCCUGACUACGGGCAGGGGAAUCCCCACGACGUGACCAUUGACAUCCCACUGACUGCGACCGCGAGUCGUGGUCAGACCGGUGCGCGCAAAUGGGCCUCCAAUACCUCCCCCGAGAGCAGCGAGGCUACAGCCACUGGCACAGCUACGGAAAAGGAUCCCAUCGUGAGACACCGCGGGCCUGGGCGUAGGCAUCGCACCGACACGGGUAUCAAUGACUUGAACGGAAAGGCUGCGGAAUCGUCCGAGGAUGGCAGUCUGAACCGCAUGGGCCGUGUCUACCAGGCUGUUUUGAAUUAUUCGCUUAUCACUCGUUACUUGAUCUAUGUUCUUCCCAUUGCGAUUUUGAUCGCUGUUCCCAUCAUUGUUGGUGCAACUGCUGCACCCAACGCGGAGAUUGGUGGUGUUCACAUUUACUGGUUCUUCACCUGGAUUGAGAUUGUCUGGUUCAGUCUGUGGACAUCUAAGAUCUUUGCUCGGUACAUUCCUUACUUAUUCCAGUACCUGGUUGGUAUUGUCAGCUCCGGAACUCGCAAGUAUGCGCUUAUUCUGCGUGCGCUUGAGACACCCAUUGCGCUGGUCCUCUGGGCUGUCAUCUCUCUCGUUACUUUCCUUCCUGUUAUGACUUUGACUCCUGGUAAGAAGGACUCGGGUGAUACCACCACCAAGUCGUGGGAGAAGAGUCUCAAGAAUGUUCUCUUUGCUUUCCUUCUUUGCGCGCUCAUUUAUCUUGCCGAGAAGGCGCUUGUUCAACUUAUCUCCAUCAGUUACCACCGCAAGCAGUUCGAUGCCAAGAUCAAGGUCUCCAAGCGCAAUCUGUACCUGGUUGGUCUGCUCUUCGAGGCUUCCCGCAACAUGUUCCCCGUCUACUGCCAGGAGUUCAAGGAGGAGGAUUCUCUCAUUUUCGAUUCCAUUCUGGCCCAGGCUGGCAACAAGAAUGGCAAACGCUCCUCCGCUAUGCCUCUUCGCAUGCUCCGUCAAGUCGGCAAGAACGUCGGCCGCGUCGGUGACAAGGUUACGGCUGCUUUUGGUAACGUAGCUUCCGAACUCACCGGAAAGCAAGUGUUCAACCCGACUGCCACGCACACCAUGGUCAUCCAAGCUCUUGAGCGUAAGCGUUCCGCUGCAGCUCUGGCCCGCCGUAUUUGGAUGUCAUUUGUUGUUGAGGGCCGCGAGUCUCUGUACAUGGAUGAUAUCGUGGAGGUCCUUGGUGCUGACCACGAAGCCGAGGCCGAAGAGUGCUUCCUCGCUCUGGACAAGGAUGGCAACGGUGAUAUCAGUUUGGACGAGAUGGUUCUCACCAUCAGUGAGUUUGGUCGCCUGCGCAAAUCUCUCAACAACAGCAUGCACGAUGUCGACCAGGCUAUUCGUGUUUUGGACAACUUGCUCAUGUGUGUUGCUGGUCUUGUCGGCAUUUUGGUCUUCAUUUCUUUCGUUACCAGUGGAUUCGGUACUGUCAUCGCUGCCGGUGCCACCUCUCUGCUUUCCCUCAGUUUCGUCUUUUCCGUUACAGCCCAGGAAGUUCUCGGUUCUUGUAUCUUCCUCUUUGUUAAGCAUCCCUUCGAUAUUGGUGACCGUGUCGAGGUUAGCGACAAGCCCUUUGUGGUUGAGCGUAUCUCUCUACUUUUCACUGUCUUCCGAAAUGUGACCGAUUCCCGUGUCACUCAGGUGCCGAAUAACAUUCUGAACAGUCUCUGGGUUGACAACUUUACUCGCGCCAAUGCCAUGCACGAACAACUCACCGUCCCUGUUGCAUUUGACACUUCUUUCGCCGAGGUUCAGCUUCUCCGCCAGGAGAUGGAGAACUUUGUUCGUGACAAAGAAAACAACCGUGACUUCCAACCUGACGUGGACAUUGAACUUGGUGGUGUCGGUGAUAUGGACAAGCUUCAGCUUCGUGUUGACAUCCGUCACAAGUCCAACUGGUCCAAUGAGACAGUCCGCGCCGCCCGCCGAUCCAAGUUCCUAUGUGCCCUGGUCCUGGCUGUCCGCAAGGUCCAAGUCCGUGCCCCAGGUGUCGCCGCCCCCGAGCCCGAGGCCGACGAAGGUGAUGACAAGGGUGAUGAUGCAGACACUGGCAAGCGUACUUCCCAGCAAGGUGGUAGCACCGAGCAGCCCGACGUCGGAAAAGCCGCCGCCGCCGCCGGAGUUACCAUCAACUACGAGAACUACGGCCAAUCGACAGGCUUUGACCAAGGCCGCUCAGGAACCAUCACCCACCGUGGUUCAAGCCAAACCAAUGCCGAACGUGAAGCUGCCAUUGUUGAGAUGCUCAACUCUCGCUCUCCAUCUGCCAUCAACCCUGGUCUGGACGUUGACGACGGCCAUGCCCUCCACCGCACAGCAACCAACGCCUCCAACACCCUCAGUGUGAACACCGCUGCAGGAGUUUCUCGCGGCCUCUCAACCGGUCACAGGAAAGCCGGCGAACGCGUAUCCUACAACGACCAAGACGCCCCCGCUGUCCCUCAUCCACCCCUCUCUCCAGUGCCCGCAGGCCUGACCCCUUCCACAAGCCAGGUCCCUAUCCUUGAAACACCAAAGCCAGGUUCCCGCGGCAGCGCCUGCUACGAGCCCCGCCCUCACUCCUCCGGCCACUCCUCCGCACAAACCGCGAACCAGAGCCAGGGCCAGGGCCAGGGGCUAAGCCAGAUGUCUACCGUGCAGACUGUUGGCUCACCAGACCCCAACGCAUACCAGGGCUACUACACCCACGACACGGGAUACAGCCAAGUCCCCCUUGGAAACUUUGGCGCCGAGAACGCUCCUCACCGCCACGACCCCAUCUCCGGCGUGACGGCGAGCAGCAAUUACGAGCUCACGGAUCGCUAUGAUCCCGUUUCGCCGCCAUCCGUCUACUCCCCACCUCAGGGCUACCCUAGUACAGGUGGCUCAGAUGCCCCCGGGAAACGCACUUCAUUCUUGAACAAGGCUCUCGGAAGAAAAGAUAAGUCGCCUUAUGGUGAGCAUGAUGCUUAG